AUGACGGCGAUUACGGUGAUUGCCGCGCGGCGUGCUGGUGAGCAUCUCCACUCGUCUUACGGUAAUCAUUCGAAUGACGUCAUUGACUUACGACGUCACGUUAAGGUGCCAGAGGCUCAUUUUAGGAUUUCACUGAGUUUAGAACGUUCACGCCAUGCUAAGGACGAUUCUAAUCCGAACGUAAAGGAGUUUGGGAGAGUGCAGGCAUUCGUGGUGAUUUGCCUGAAGUUAGUGAUGCCCGGAGCAAUUCUUCCGCUAACGGAGCGCCCACCAUCGCUCCGGAUCAGCCUCAGGAAAAGAGCAAUUGCUCAGGCUAUAGAAGCCACUCCAUCGCCAACUCCUGCGAAAAGUUCGGGUCGGGCGGUAUCCAGAAAACGUGGCAAGUCGAGUGGAACAAAAUCUAAAUCCCAGUCAAUCGCUAAAGUACCAUCGGAAGCAAAAAGCAGAUCAGCAACGAAAGGAAAAGGUAGUAAAGGCGCAAAACACUCGAAACCAUGGGAAGUAGACGACGGUGAAGAUCAUGCGUACGAUUAUGUUUCUUCUUCUGAAUCGGAGUCUUCGUCGAGUGAGGAGGAGUAUUUGCUGCGAUCAUCACAUCUGUCAACAGAAGAAAUACCUCCGCUUGAACUACCUGAAAGCAGUAAAGACAUCCCUAUACCUAACGAGUACUUAUUCGAUACCUUAGAGCUUUAUGAACUUUUGCGCAGUUACUGGCGCACUUUGCGGUUGUCACCAUUUCUUUUUGAAGAUUUCUGUGCUGCGCUAUCCUCUCCGGAUAAUUCCUGUUUGUUAUCCGAAAUUCACAUCGUUCUCCUUAGAAUGAGCUUUAAAAAUGAUGACGAGGAGCAAGUUCACUUUUCUGGUAAUGACACUAAUAAUGCAUAUAAUAUUGUCACUGCUUGUUUGGAGCCUAUGACUUACGCUGAGGUGCUCAGACAGUACCUUUCUUGUGAUCCAAGUGUUCCACCUGAGGUUAUGGAGGCCGUCAAUACUUCUAACUAUCCAUUUGUCGAGUUUUCUGCUCGAUUAGUACUUAUAACAUUUCUCAGUAAUCGUUUCCUUUAUUCUAACGAAUAUAAAAAAGUGAUUGUGGCAAACAGCGGACGAAUGGAGCAUGAAGAGACUUGUCGUUCCUGCAAUAAAGGCGGUGAGCUGCUCAUGUGUGACAUAUGUGAAGCGGUUUUUCAUCCGGCCUGUGUUAAGCUUGAGUCGAAAUCCCCUGAGUGGCUUUGUGAACUGUGUGAAAAGAACAAGGUGAGGGGAGUACAAGAUUGUUUACCGCUGAGCGAAUGCUUAUCCAAACAACCAUUGCGCAUGGAACCUAUUGGCAGAGAUCGUCAUGGCAGAUUUUAUUGACAUAAUAUUGAUGAAUCAGACUUACGAUACUAUUCUACUGCACCUCAGUUUUAUCAGCUUGUUAAACGUAUGGACCCGUCCUACUUUGAAUUCAGUUUGUGUAAUGUGUUCUUGGAAAGACUAAGCGAUAUACUAGAACAGAUGUCGGUGACUCUGGAGCUAUCGUCGGACCGGAGAGAUGCUCUGUAUCGUGAGAAUUACAAUGCCUCGAAACCCCUACCACCUGAAUCGGCGGAAAGUGAAGAUUGCCCUUCAAAAUUUUUUCGUAUGGGCUGUCCGUCUGAUGAUACAACAUUCAGUAAAUACACGAACUUUUACGUCGAACAUAAGUAUGGCGAGCAUCCAGUCACGAGAAAGAAGAUGAUUGACAAGAAGAAAUAUUUGUGUUCAAAAUUUUCCUUGAUGGAGGAUGGAGAAUGGGCUUUCGAGUGGUCGAUAGCAAAGGGGCAUAAUUUGUACGGCAGCGAAAGACUCCAAACCCUGUAUAUUGCUUGGACAAUCGGAAAGUUGCUAAGAAAAAUUCCUAUUGACCUAAUGCAGCGGAAAUGGCGUGAUGUGUUGCCUUCUUUUAAAAAGGAGUUAGAAUCUCCAACAACAUCAUGGAGGAAGUUACGAGAUCUUCUUCUUCGUUUGGAGUGUGGUAUGCGACGCACAUUGUUUCUGCCACAGUGGUGGAAUAAUCUCGGACACACAAGGCUUACACGCACUACGGUGGAGGAUCGAGAGCGUUUGAUGAAGGAAGCACAACGUAGAAAGAAGGACGAAAGAGAAGCUGUCGAUGUGUUCGAUGAAGAUAUCAUUGUUGUUAAACAUACGAAAUUAGCACACGGAAUCAGUCGGGAGUUGACGAGAAUGCGUGACGAGAAGUAUCGUCUCUUUGGUCGAGGCGAGUUAGGUGGUUGGAUAUGGAUAUCACGGACCUUAGUUAGAGAUAUUCGUUUUCCAUCAGAUGGUUCUGGAGAGUUGCUGCAUAGUAUAUCCAUCGAAGAGGAGGAGGUUAAGAACAGAAAGAGUACACAUAUUGAGACGAUAGUCUCUCGUCUAAAAGAGUGGCGCUUAGCGCAAGAGAUAGGAUGCAGGCAUCAAAAAAGCGACGUAUGCUAUUCUCCUAGUUGUCGCCCAGGUGCUGUGAUGAGUGAUACAACAGCUGGAUAUCAACCUUGUUAUUCACAAAAUUGUCGAAGAAAGAAAUCGAACUCUGAUGGAAUGCUUAACUUGUCCUCAUCUUUGGACGAGCUGGAGACCCUAUCAGUGGAUACUUCGGGAGUAGUCAAGGCAUACGAUCAAUCUAGAACCACUACACCUCGUACAGGUGUGUUGGGAGAGGACCUACCUUGGCCUUUGCCAGAAGUACACAGAUUUGUCUCGCGAGGAUCGAGACGUACUAGCAUUUUUGUGAUUCCUCAAGUGACAUUGCGCCGAUUGGCAAAGAGUGGCGGUCGUAAGGCUAUUUAUGUACCUAGCUUCUCGUCGACAGCUAAAGGCAAUUUGCAGUAUUGGAAUUAUCCGGCACCUCGUCCUUGUUUCGACUUAUGUUGGAGGUGGCUAACUGCGAAUUGCACAUCAUUGCAAUCUGUAGCUCUACAGCUGCGAAUUUUGUGGGCAUCGGUGCGAUGGCUGGAUAUGAAACCUGAAGAUGAUGAUCCUGACAGACGCUUCGUACUUCAUUUUCCUGAUCGCGAUGAACGUCGUUGGAUUUCGCUCCAUAAGGAAUAUGGACCACCAUGUAUUUAUGAAAGGUAUCGGAUAUCAAUUGAAGUGCUUCCACUGGACGACGAUAAUAAUGUUGAAGAAGAGGAUGAUUUGUCGUGGACUAGCAAUGAGCGGGACCGAAGAAAAAGUAUGAGACGAAGGAAAACUGUUCAGUCAUCCAAUGUUCGUCGAAUUAGUCACAUUAAAGAAGAAUGGGUCGAUGGAGUGGAUCUUAAGCUAUACGAGAUUUAUGAUUACUGGAAAGCUUACAAUAGUCGACCAGUUGGUGGCAAUAAACAACUAUCCCAAAUGCAAAGAACUCAUUCUGCACGUUCAGCGACCAGCUCUCUUCCAGCUUCUGGUGACGAGUCUACCAGUUCUGCUCAAAAUGUCUUAAGUUCUCGGGAUGUGGUAGCUGCGCAGGGUCGCCUACGUUACCCAUCUUCCAGAUCUUCUUCCGCAUCCGCGUCAGUACUACACUGUGCUCCCAUUUUUACAACAGAAAGAAAACGUAAGCCAACAUAUUUACAGGACUGUACUAUACGUAAUUCGUCUGCUUGUCAGGAUUAUGAAUACUAUGGUUUUGAUGAUGAUGAUGUGGACGACAGCGAAACUGUUAACAGCACAAACAGUGAAGGCGCCGAGCUUACUGGCUGGGAGCCACGGGCGGCGAAACGCCAACGAUUGGUAUCAAGAAUGGAUUCGAACCAAACAUUCCGAACGGUCCCUCCAGCUACUCGUUCUUUGCGGGACCGUUCAUACCAAGUCGACACAGUUCGUGGAGGAGGUCGUGAAACUGUGCCGGUUGGGGACGGCAUGGAGCAUGUGGAUCUCAUAGAAGAAGGCGUCGUUCCACUUGGCGCUGAAGAGACUAUCGUUACUACUGAUUGUGAUAAUGAGACGUCAUCACGAUGCCUGAUCUCCACUCGACAAGUGUUCAGAAAUGAUUCAGACGUCGGCGGCCCACCAGCAGUACAAAGUGUAACUCAAGUGUUGCCAUCAACACCUCGACCUGGAGUUGUUCGUUCUGCUGCUGGAGUCCCGCGGCCAUCUGCUGUUUCUGUACCGUCACGUGCUGGGAAGCUUCUUAUGGUACGUCGUUCGGAUGGAACCACACAGUUUUUGCGCCAAAUCCGACAUUCUGACGAACCGCUACCAUCACCACAAGUAACCAUGAUGAGAGCGAGAGCUCCACAAACGGUGCGAACGAUUCGUGGCGCAAGACCAGCGCAAAUAGCGGGGGAAAACCGAGCUCAGUCUACGCCUGCACGAGUCAUCAUACCUACUCGUACUGAGACGCGACCAAUGCGAACAGGCUUCAGCCAACCCGUAGAUCCUUUCAUGAAAAGAAUGGCGGUUGAAAAAGCUGUGUCUGGAGCAGAUGUUAUGUCAUCAGGACUAAAUUCUCAUCGGGUAUACUACGUAAAAAAUGUGGUUACAACGCCGCCAUCGAGAGUUGUGCUAGCGCCAACGUCUGUUGACACUAAUGAUCAUGAGGAGAUCUUCCUUGAUAAUGACGGUUAUGUUAUCGACGGUGGCGAAAUUGAAGAUCUUUACUUUCUCGUUUCCGAGGCGUCGAAUAACAAGCUACAGAGAGUUCUGCAGAAGGAGAGGAGUUUCCGACAAUGUGAGGUAGAAAGUCAUUACUACAAAUUCUUCAAUAGGAAAGCAAAACGGUUCCUGACUCGUCCUUAUCGUUUCGAAUUCGAGAAUAAUGAGGAAGAAGAGAGGGCAAUUGCCGAAGCGAUCGCUAGAGAGGAAGAGCUGAUGCGUAAAGAAGAAGCUGAGAAAGCUUACAUGGCCAAUGACCAUUGUCAACUUUUCUCAGCUGCGGGGAGACCGUAUGACGAGGAACCCGAUGAAUAUGCUAGAGUGAUGCCAUCUCAACUCGGAAUGGGUUUCUAUUCGGUAUUAGAGGUUAUGAUAGAGCUAGUGUGCCGGUGGGACAAACAAUUUGGCUGGUACAAAAACUUAUUUUCCAAACCGAAAGGACCAAACUCUGAUAGACGGCGUGUAUUCACCAGCCAGAAAGAGAUUGAAAUAACUGAACAUAUCGACAGGUUAAGAAGAGAGAUUAACAAGAGAAGAACUCGAAUGGAAAACGAAGCAGAGGAUUUAUGUGGAUUGCCUACACCUUGGCGAAAAUCGCGGAUGAAGUCUCAUCCGAAAGGAUCGCGUAUAGUGAACACUACGGAUAAUAGAAAACCGACAAAAGCGAAACUCCCAAGACCAAAAGCAAUCAAUCCGGCUGAAAUUAGCCUUGGUGGUGACGCUGUGGUCUGGACAGAUAAUUCGGAGAUCGCAACCGAUAUGAAAGUGGUAAUGUGA